AUGGUGCCGUGCAGGGCGAGCGGUCCGGAUCUGGGGCGGCUGGAGGUGAUCGAUGCGGUGGUGCAGCACGUGGCGAGCCCGCCGCACAAGGUGGACAUCAAGGGCGCGGAGGUGUUUGUGUCCGUCCAGAUCACACGCAGCCUGGCCAUGCUGGGCCUCGCGCCGCGCUGGAGGGACUUCCGGAAGUACAACUUGCGCGCAGCAGCGGAGGAGGCCGCCGGCGACGGCGGGGGCGCCGCCGCGGGGGCGCGCGGGGGCGGCGGCGAGCGGGGCGGCGAGGGCGGCGCGGGGGAGGCCUCCGCGGAGAAGCUGUGA